UGGCGCAGUUGCCAGGGUAACGGCCGGCCCGGCCCGGCGCAGUGCAGGGCGGCGCCUCCUUCCCCGGCAGCCAUGAACCGCCUGCUGCUGCCGCUGCUGCUGCUACGGGCCGGCCGGAGACAGGCUGCCGCCGCCGUGCGCGGUUACCGGGACCGGGCCCGCUUCAGCAGCGCCACCCGAGGCCCGGACAUGGACGAGAUCCUCCGGCGGACGGUGGAGGCCUGCGAGCCCCGCGACAAGCCGGCGCUGGCCGCCCUGUACGAGGAGCAGACGCGGGAGUUCGUGCGCUUUUACCGCGGCCUGAGCGCCGAGCAGAGGCCGGGCUUCCUGGCCCGGCUGACGGCCGAGUGCGGCGUGGAGCACGGCCGGGUGGGCGAGCUGUGCGGCCGGGUGGCCGAGGCCCGGGGCAUGGGCCCGCUGAUGCAGGCCGAGCAGCGGCUGCGGAGCUCCCUCACCCCCCGCUACAACGUCCUCAUCGGCCGCAUCUGCGGUCUGGAGGACGGCGUCAAGUUCAUCGUCGACCUGCGGGCCGACGUGUUGUGGUGCCUGGAAACCAAGGCGGCGGACUGUCCGCACAUCAGGGAAAUGGAAGGGACAUUGAAGAAACUGCUUUCAAAUUGGUUUUCUAUAGGAUUCUUGAAAUUGGAGCGCAUCACCUGGCAAUCUUCGUGUGAUCUGCUGGAGAAAAUUAGUCAAUAUGAGGCAGUGCAUCCUGUCAGAAGCUGGACUGAUAUUAAACGUCGCGUUGGACCUUAUAGAAGAUGCUAUGUUUUCACACACAGUGCUAUGCCUGGGGAACCUCUGGUAGUUCUACAUGUGGCACUAACAGAUGAUAUCUCUAAAAAUGCACAGACUAUUGUUGGACGAGAUCCUUCUCCCGAGAUUGCUGAAGAUGUUAACAAGAUCACCACAGCUAUUUUCUACUCCAUCAGCUCAACACAGCCGGGACUGCACCAGGUACACCUUGGAAAUUACCUCAUCAAGCAAGUAGUAAAAGAACUUCAGGGCGAAUUUCCUCACAUGAAACAAUUUUCCAGUCUGUCUCCUAUUCCUGGCUUCACAAAAUGGCUAGCCGGAACCAUCAGUGACCAAAUGAAGGACGGAACUACGAACCGAAUCCUUACACAAGCUGAAAGCAAAGAGAUCCAGGAAAUCGUGGGAGGACCUGUGCUAGAAACACUUAAACGGCUGCUCAUCACUAAUGAGUGGGUGAAGACUGAAAAACUUGUUCGAGUUCUUGAGCUGCCACUUAUGAGACUUUGUGCCUGGUACUUGUAUGGAGAAAAACAUCGCGGGGCUGCUCUUAAUGCAGUAGCUAACUUUCACCUUCAAAAUGGUGCUGUGAUGUGGCGAUUAAACUGGAUGGCAAACACAAGUCCUCGUGGAAUUUCAUCGUCGUCUGGAAUUAUGGUAAACUACCGCUAUUUCCUGGAAGAUACCAAUUAUAACAGUGUCCAGUACUUGAAAACAAGACAUAUUGAAGCAUCCACACAAAUUUUAAGUCUUGUAGCUCAAUUUCAGAAAACCAGUAAGCUUUAGUGCUUUACGGAGAAGAAAGGAGAUAAUUUAAUCAGUUUAAAAUUGCUUAUUAGCAUUUCAAUGAAAAAUUGCCACAAAAAAUGUAUUUGGGAAAUUCAUUGUGGUGCAGCCAAUUUUAAUACGAUACGAAACUAUAAAACUUUAUUCAUCCCAGGAGGGAAAUUGAUCAUAGUUUGUUUGUUUAUAGUAUUUCAUGUAUGUAAUGAUGAGCCUCAAUAUUAAAUAGUAUAUUUAAUAAUAUU